CCGCCCUUCUUCAGCAUCCUUCGCUGCGCGGCGCUGCUGACAGCGGGGCUGGGUGGGGCCUUUUUUCUCUGCAGCCGCAGCGGCGGCGAUGCUCCGGUCUCCGCUCAGAUGAUGGCUGUGGGGCGGCUGCUCCUCCAGCCGUGGCCGUGAGAUCCGCAUCAGCACCCGGCCGGGAGAGACGCGGUGCGGGGUGAAGGCAGGACCCUGCAGCAGGGCUCUUCUCCGCGAUGCACCAGGGCUGAGACCCGCGCGCCUGCCGGGGGUUUGCACUUGCCUAAGGUCGCCAAGGACGUGGGCAAAUCCGCAGCUUUGACCGACCAUUGCUUGGGGGUGGGCAGCAUUUCCUUUGCCUUGCGUUUGGGCUGGGCUCUGCCGGAGUCCUGGCCCUUUGCAAUUAGUCCCGAGCCUGCUGCUUGCAGCUAGGGACUGUGCUAGGCUCGGCACCGGUUUCCCCUCCGAGGUGCCGCGUGCACCGGUGCAGCUCGGAUUGUCCCCUGCUCCCCAGUUCUUGAACUGGCACCGAAUUUCCUUUCCCAGCCCCUCGGCCGGGGGCUAUUUCUGGAGCGGGUGCGAGUGGGUUACUUCGCUGUGUUCUUUGCAGGGCGUGCGGGGAGAGGCCAGGCUGUCUAGGAGGGGAGAGGUUUGAGGCGUCGCCAUGGCUUGGCCCUGCAUCACCCGGGCGUGCUGCAUCGCCCGCUUCUGGAACCAGCUGGACAAGGCGGACAUCGCGGUCCCUUUGGUCUUCACCAAAUACUCCGAGGCCACCGAGAACCCCGCGGCCCAGGUGGGUUUGCAGCAGCCACGCCCUUCCUCUGCCAUCGAGACCCAGCCCUCCAUCUUCGGCGGCGACCUGGAUGCAGUUGCCAGGGCGACUGCGGCUGGGGGGGACCACAAGGCUGGGCCGGGGCAGCAGCCGCUGGCCGACUCGGUGAUGCGCCAGGACUACAGGCACUGGAAGGCGCAGCGGCCGGAGCCUAGCUGCAAACCCAAGAGCGAGUACCAGCCCUCGGAAACCCCCUUUGAGACGGAGAGCCAGUACCAGAAGGAUUUCCGAGCCUGGCCCAUCCCCAAGAGAGGGGACCAUCCCUGGAUCCCCAAGCCAGCCCCGUCCCCUGGGCCAGCCUCGGACAAGGGCCCCCAGGAGAAACCUCCCAGCCAGGAGAAGAGGAGGAAGCUGCAGCCAGGGCAGGAGAAGAAGGAGGAGGAGGCAGAGCAAAGGGCAAAGGAGGAGCAGCCCAAGGCAGCCAGGGCUGAGGAAGGGUGGAAGAAGAGGGUCCAGGUGGUCGAGGAUGGGGGGCAGCAGCAGCACGUGCUCUCGGCGUCCCAGGAGGCGGCCAAAGGGCGAGCCGCGGUGGAUGCCCUCAAUAAGCAGAUCAGGGAGGAAUCGGCAGCUGGGCUGAGCAGCUCCUACAGAAAUGAAUUCAGACCUUGGGUAGACGUCAACAGAGUCAAGCUUAUAAAAGCUAAAUCCCAGUACAAGCCCCCGGACGAGAAAGUGAGCCACGAAACCAGCUACAGUUCUCAAUUCAAGGGGGAGCCCAACAAGCCUGUACAAGCCGAUAACAAAUUCAUCGAUCGCAGGAGGAUACGCAGCCUGUACAGCGAGCCCUUCCAAGAAUCUUCAAAGGCGGAGAAGCGUAGUGUUCAACCUUCCAAACCAAAAAAGACAACAACGAGCCAUAAACCACUGAAAAAGGCCAAAGACAAGCAGAUCGCAUCUGGCCGGGCUGCCAAGAAAAAGAGCGCCGAGAGCUCCAGCGGGACAAAGCCAGAGGACAAGGAGAAAAGUAAAGAGAUGAACAAUAAAUUGGCUGAGGCUAAAGAGUAAAUUUUACUGCACUUUUCUCUCUUUCUUUUUUUUCUUUUAUUAAAUAAAGGCCACAAAAUUAAUUAGAGACUUCUAAUCUGCUUUUGUUCUGAUUGUAUUAGAAGCUUUUAUGUUUUAUUUCCAAGGAGGAUUAGGAAUACUCAUUUCAGAGGUCAGGUUUUCGGCUUUGCCUGCACGACACAGAUCUACACAGAAUGAUGGGGGGAGGAUGAGGAGGGUGGAAUGCACAGAGGAUUGUAGGAUUACAAAGGUUUUCAAUUAAUUGUGUGCUGCGAAUGUAUUAAAAGGCUUGUCUCUUUCCUUGGGCCUGAUCCUCCAGUGCUUUGAUUGCAUAAAGCUGCCAUUUGUUCUGCUGGUGCAGUUCUGUUCCUAAGAGCUGAUCCCAUGAGGCUGAGCGUCCUUUGGGGGUGCUGAGCUCUGUCUUCUCCCAUUGGCAUCAACAGUAUAGGAGAGGUGCUCAAUAUCUUGCAGGAACAGGCCCUGUCAACCUGGCAUAACUGAGUGGAGUCACUCCAGAUUCACACUACUGUGACUGAGAGCAGAAUUGUUCUCCGAGACAUCAAUGGGUGUUUGGCCCAAGGAAGUGAUGAAGGCUCAGAUCCCUUGUAAGGAAAGAUUUGGGGCUAGAUCUUCAGCUGGUAUAGAUGGGCCAGGCCCAUUUACACCCGCUCAGGAUCUGGCCUUGUGUGGCAGUAGAAUGGAAAGUGAAGUAAGGCGCAGAGAGAAUCCAGCUGGUUGCAAAGAUUUCCUGAAUGGGCUUCAGGUCAGACUCUGCAGGUUGUUCCUCCCUGUCGUUUUCCAGGAUCUGCAUCUUUUGUAUGGUUUCCGGUUUGUUUUGGAUCUUGGUCUGAUUCCUUUGGUUUUCAGCUACAGAUGGCUAUUGUGUGCCACAGGAGUAGGAGGAGGUUUCAGGAAUGGAUUCAGUUUGCAGACAUGGCCUUUUUAUAGGUAGCAUGGAGCAAGUCACCAUUGUUAGUUUUAAAUAGACCUGCACGUUAAGUUGUGGUUGCUCAUAAUUGUGCGAAUGGAGCCAUGACCCAGUUAUUGGGAGCCCCAACCUCCAACUUGGCCAAAUCUUCAAGCUCUCAACUCAGUGUUUAUUGUGUCCUUACUCUGGUAAAUUCCCACCAAUGUCAGUGUGACUCAGUAAACACAGAAGGCCUGUUUCCCAGCCGGCGUCAAUUGCAUUGCUCUGUUGAGCUCCAUGGAACUAUAUUGAUUUACAAUAGCUGCGGGUCUGGCCCAGAGUGCUGAUCUCAGCAGGUGGCUCACAGAUUCAGCAGGAGCUAAGAGAGCUAAGUACCUUGUAGGAUUGGUUUCUGCUUGACGAAACUGAGACAUUGAACCACCUGGGUAAUAAACCCCCAGAGCAGCUGUAGGAAUCACGCCUGUUUGGCCUGGGUUCAUCUUUUUUGCUAUCACUCAAUCCAAGUUGCAAAUUUCACUGGGCAAAAGCAACUGGGGGAGAUGUAAGGUGAGAGCUUCAGAAUUGCUGUAGUGGUAUUGGAAAAAGGAAAAUCUUGCUUCUAGAGUAUAUCAGAUUUCAAUUAAAUACUGGCAAAGCUGUGGGGGUUUUUUGUUUUUUUCUGGAGAUGGCGAUUUCAGUUUUCAGAAUCUAAAUGUUUGUCAUUUGGUAUGUCUGAAAAAUUAAAAGGGAUGCCACAAUGGAAGGGUAAGAGAAGGUUCCUAAAGAUUAGGGACGUUCUAUGCUAUGGGAAUAGCAAACUUUGUUGGCCUGAGUAAUGAAUACAUGCAAAGUUUAGUGUGUUGUGUAAUGUGUCCUGUUUGCCUUGUGCUAACAGCCUAAAGCUUUUGAGUAUAAAUAAGUGUAAUGUUCUGAAUUCAGUGGUGUAUUUCCAAGUUUAACUGUGUUAGAACUGUGUAGUAUGAACUAACCAGGAUGUUUAUGUGAAAAAAAAAAAAUAUAUAUAUAUAUACAUAUACCUCCAAUAUUUAGGAGGAAACCAGGGAAAUCCUCCAGGAAGUAAAACUGUGGAACUGUUUGCGAAUGUAAUGCAUUUUUGACAUGCAUGCUUCAUGGAGAACCUCACUGAACUGUCUAUAAUGAUCAUCACUAUUCCGAGUGCUCAGAAAUGGAAUGGAUGUUGCGCAACUGCAAACCUCAGUUCAUUCUGUAAGUGCAGAGUAGCUCAGCUCAGUAGUUUCAUUGAAGUCACGAAAGAUAAAGCAGCUCGCUGUUCCUUGCAUGAAAACGGAUGUUUGUUAACUUUUCGCGGAGAUCUGAGCCUCAACGACUCUGAUUCUUGACCUGUUGACGGAUGCCUCCAUUCACCUUUACAGUUCUCCGGCCAUGUCUACACUGACAAGCGUCCAGUGGCACAGCUGUACCCAUACAGCUGUGGUGCUGUCACAGCCCUUGUGUAGCCGCAUGAUGCCAAAAGGAAAGCGCUCUUUUGUCAACACAAUAAAACCAGCUCAACGAGCGGCAGUAGCUAUGUCGGCAUGAGAGUGUCUCCUGCAGACCUAGCUAUGUUGGCAAAACUUAUGUCACUCCGGGAGGUGUUUUUUUCACACCCUUGAGCGACAAAAGUUUGUGGACGUAAGUGGUAGUAUAGACAUGGCCUCCGUACCAUCCCUUCUUAUCUCAGGUAGAGGAUAGCAACAGUUACGAUGAUGAAGCGUCAGAGCAGUUGAAGCGUGAAAGCAGUUUACAAUAACCAGAAACGCUGGUUCCUUCACACGUGAGAGAGAUUGUAUCCAUUCAUUGCAGAGGAUCAUACAUUUUUGCCCAUUAGCAUCCAUAUUAAUGCUUCACUAAGUGCCAAGUCCACUGGAAGUCAAUGGGACUAAAAUGGGGCCCUAAGAGAUUUAGCAGUAAGUCCCUUGGAUAGGCUCAAUUUUGUCUCCAGAUGUGCACACUAUUGAGGGCCGCAGGCAUGCAUCGAAGUCCAUACAUUGGCCCAGGGACUAGUAUUAGGAGAUAUAAUAAAAUCAGGACUUAAGGUCAAAUUCUUCAUUGAGUUGCACUCCAUGCUAGCCCGCUGACGUCAGCUGGGUUACAUGCGGUGUAUCUCAGCACAGAAUUUGGUCCUAAGGGCCUCAUCUUGCCUUAGUUUGUGAUGGAACUCCUACCAAUGGCAGCUGUGUGCAUGGAUUCAGGACAGUGUAUAGCCCUCUGCCUGCUUUCUCGUUGCUCAGACUUAAUACCCACGUAGUGAAUUUAACAUUGAUCAGAAAGGAGAUGAAAUCUUUGCUGAUUCAAGUCCACUUUGGAUGCUAAGCUUGUUGCUUUAAUUUGGCAAGAAUUUAUUCUCUGAUUUUGGGUUUCCAACUGCCACAAAAGCAGUUAUACUUCAUUACCAACUUACCAUAUGUUUUGCUCUCCUGGUUAAAAAGUGUUUGCUUUAUCCCUGUGAGAAUUCCUAUGGCUUUCACUGCCUGCUUUCUUAUUUUCACUGUGUCUUCUUAUUGUGCUGUCACUCCCUUUUGCAAGAUGGUGCUAAAUGCCAAUGGGCUUCUUUUUCUGACUGCUUUGCAAAAUCCAUCAUCCGCUUCCUCAUCUGCAAUGUUUCUGUUGUAAAUACAUGACUCCCAUGUACUCUUGCCUUUUGGAGGCAGAUAGGAAGUGUCUAAUUACUAUUUUGUGGCCUGGCUUUGGUUGCAUAUCACAAAUUGUCUCUGUAAUGUGUUGAGCACACCACUCUUGGUGCUACUUCAUUCUUGCUGUUAGUAUGAGAAUGACAAAACAAACAGAUUAAUGUAUAGCCAAUUGAUUGUGACGUGCUUGUGAUCUUUGCUUGCUCAAAGGGUUUUUUUUCAAUGAUAAAUAAAUGCUGAAGACGAA